AUGGCGCCCCCCAAGCUGCGCGCCCGCCCCGCGGUCCCGAAGGACGCGCACGAGAUCCGCGAGUUCGUCGACACCGAGACGCAGCUCCGGCAGUUCGGCCGCUUCGACCUCGCGCACCUCAUCGAGAACGCGUCGACGUGCCUCGUCGCGAUCGACGAGUCCUCCCCGGCGUCUUCCGCGAAGAAACCCCUCAUCGUCGGGUUGCUCGUCGUCACGAAGGACGUCCCCGUGCCGUACGGCGUCACCGCGCGGAAGGGCAUGGAGCGCCUCAAGUGGGCGGCGGCCGAGGCGGCUAAAACCGGCCACAGGCCCGACGUCGCGGCGUGGAUCUCCGGCUGCGCGACGCGCCCCGAGCACAGAGACGCCGUCCUCGUCAUGCUUCAGACCGCGUUCGAUCGCAUGCCCGCCGUGGAGGCGAUACUCGCCGCGUCGCCGCCCGAGGUGGAGCGCGGCGCGCUCGGCGGGCACGUCAAAAAGGUGGCGAAGACGACGCGUUUCGCGCUCUACGCCGCGCCGCGAGCGACGGUCCGACCGCGCCUCCGCGUCCGCCGCGCGCGCGUCGAGGACCACGACGACCUGCACCCGCUGCUCUCGCGCGUGAACGACGACCCGAACGCGCCGGGCGGGGCGCUCUCGCGGUUGCCGACGGGGGGCGACGGGUUGAGCGCGUUGUUGAACGCGGCGAAUCGCGCCGCGGGAGUCGAUCGAUUCGCGCUCGCGCGGCUGAUCGAAGAGGCGAGGGAUUCGCCGAGCAAGCUGUGCGUGCUCGUGGCGGAGACGGAGAUUGUUGGGAAGUUCGCGGGCGUCAUGGCGCUCAGCGCGCUGGAUAAGGACGUCAGGGCGGAGCGGAUGGUGGAGGCGUACGAUAUCGCGGCGUACGACGACUUGGAGAAUUUUUAUCCCCCGCCGGAGGAGUGCGGCGAGGAGGUGAAGAGGGCGGUCACGAAAGUCGCCGCGGUGUGGCGCGGGAAGAUUGAGCGGCGGCGAAUCGAGCGCGCCGCGCGGGAGAAGGAGUUCGGCGCGGGGGGGAUGCCGCCGGGGAACGGGGAGACGCCGAGGGCGAGCGCGAAGGGGCAACUCUCGGCGGGGAGGGUCGCGGAGGACGACGCGACCGCGGCGACCGCGGCGUCUUCUUCCGACGCCCCUCCCGCGGGGGAAGAAGCGCCAGAGCCGUCGACGCCGAGGAGUCUCAGCGCGCGCGAGGAGAGGAUUCGCCGAGAGAAGCUGAAAGACUCGAGCGCGUUCGUCGUCACGAUGCUGUGCGUCGAUCCGGAGUACGAGGCGCAGAGCGCGGAUUUCUUAGCGCACGCGUUCGCCGCGUUUCCGCGGAAGGACGUCUGCGCCAUCUCGCUGCACACCGCCGCGCCGGAGCUGCCGUUGGUCGACAUCGCGACGACGCGCGUCAGUGCUAAAGACCAGGACCAGGAUCACACGUUGCAUCUCGCGCACCGAGCGGGCCAGCUCCCCGGGUUCGCCGUGCGACUAGCCGCCGGGGACGGAGGGCAUCUCGACGCGGAGGCCAUCUCCGAGAUGCUCGGCGACGACGCGGACGCGAGGGCGAACGUGCGGUCGUUCAGGGCGUGCGUCGACGGGUACCGCAACGGCACGCAUGCCGCGGUCGUCGCGACGUGCGAGGACCAGGUCGUGGGGUUCGCGACGUUCACGCUGAACGUCGAGGUUGACCCGUUGAUCUCGUGUUUCCAGCUCGACGAUUACGUCGACGUGGACGCGCACAGAAAAGACGGAUACGCCGACCUCGAGGAGUGCGUCUUGAACCCGAUCUUCUCGCACAAGCGCGCGUUCAUGAUGACCGAGGCGAUGCGAUUGCUGAAGAAGACCGCGAUCGCGUACCGCCUCGCGAUGGAACCGAACCAGCCGCCCCCGCCGGAGGUUGUGGGCGUCGACUUCCAGCUCGUCGCCGGCCGCCGAAACCACCUCGGCUUCGACGCGUCGUUCGCGCUGUUUAUCUUCACCGCGCGCAUCGCGGCGACGCACCGCGAGCAGGUUAACCAGCGCGUGGUCGUCGUCGGCAGCACGGAGAGCGCGCUCGGAAUCGUCGAGCGGUUGCUCACGAUACCCGAGUGCGUCUUCAACAACGUGACGCUUCUCGCCGUCGGCGGCCUCGCCGUCGGCGGCCCCGCGAGCUACUACAACAAGGCGUCGCUCGCGAAGCUCGCGCUGGAGCGAGCCGACUCGAACCGCUCGGGGAUCUCGAUCCACGACCACGCGGUCGUGGGGUUGGACCGCGACGCGCGCGAGCUGCACCUGGACGACGGGACGUCGCUUUCGUACGAGCUGCUCGCCAUCGCGUGCGGACGCCAAGAUCAGGCGCGUUCUAUCUCACACUGGUUCCCAUACGACCCCGUUGGCGUGGUGAACGUGCGUCACUCGCUCGCGCUGGACGACGACGUCCCGGUCGAGCGGCUGUACGACCUGUGCGCGAACCUCGCCGAGGAGGACGCGAGGAGCGUGGAGAAGAUCAUCGUGUACGGCGACACGCUUCGCGCGGUCGGCGCGGUGCGGACGCUGCUGAACAAGGGCGUCCGGCCGGAGGCGAUUCAGUCGGUGGUGCCGACGCCGGAUUACGUCCCGCCGUCGCUCUCGGGUCACAGACGUCAGGCGCUGAUGCCGCCGAGCGAGGGCGGAAGAGGGCUGCGGCGCGUCGCGCUCGCCGUGGGCGCGAUGCUGGAUCGUCCGCACGUCAACAGCGUGGAAGGGCAGCCGCCCGCGAUGGAGGGGCUGACGCUGACGGGCGCGACGAAGGCGCGCGGCGGCGGCGUCGACGCGACGUUUUCGCGGUCGAGCGACGGCGACGACGUGACCGUGCACGCGGACUUUGUGGUCGCGUGCGCGGAUCGGGACAUCGACCCGGUGGUGUUUAAGCUGCUGAACGACAACGGCAUCGUGUACGACGGGCACGUCGUCGUCGACGCGUCGUUCCGGACGAACGACCCGGACGUCUACGCGACGGGGAGCGUGGCGAAAUUUUCGCGGCGGUGCGGCGCGGGCGCGCUCGCGCCGUUGGGGUAUCGAAACGCGCGCGAGUGCGGCAUGCGCGCGGCGGACUCGAUCAUCCGGCGCGUCACCGAUUACGGCGGCGUCGAGCCGGAGCCGACGGACGUCCCGAAGUUUUACGAGCCGAACGCGAUAUCCGCGGUGCUCCCGGGUGGGGUUCAGUUUUUAAACGUCGCGUCGGCGUUUCGGUUCGCGAGCGACGGGUCGCUGGAAGAACCGCCCCCGGGCGGGCGUUACCUCGAGACCGCGAACGGCGAGACGUACACGCGGAUCGACGUCGACGCGGAGAACGUCAUCUGCGGGCUGUUCUACUGCGGCGAGAAGCGCGUCGACGCGACGCACGUCUCCGCGUUGAUCGGCUUGCCCAUCGCGUACGUGCAAAAUUUAGAGGAAAAUUACGCCGCGGGCGACGUGAAAGAUCUCUUGGAGUACUGCCUGGACGUGAAGCUCAACGCCAUCUUCCACGCCAAGUUCCGCGACGCGUACCGCGCGAUGAUGGAGGUGGCGCGCGCGCCGGACGAGGACGCGCGGAGCGUGAUCUUGGGCCCGCGGACGAUGGACUGCAUCGCGGAGGAGGCGAUGUUUGAAUUCGUGAAGCGGUACGAUCACGACUUGCCGCACUACAAGAUACCGAAGGCGGCGGUGGCGUGGUGACGGAGAUGCGCGCGCGCGGCGGCGGCGGCGUAGAACAGAGUGCUAGCGGUCUAGGGUAGCCUGUUUUAUACCACAGGCCUCGCGACG